GUUGAAGGGUCAAGCCAAAUAAUUAACCACAAGUCAUACAAACAAUAACAACACAUGAGGUUAUGCUACCGAACAACUUGCCGUCUACACCGGAUCAACAGUUGGGGGUUUGCUCAAUGCUACAUUUGGAAAUGCAACUGAAAUGAUUAUAUCAAUUUAUGCCUUGAAAAGCGAUAUGAUUAGGGUUGUUCAGCAAUCUUUACUUGGUUCCAUCUUGUCUAAUAUGCUUCUAGUUCUUGGAUGUGCAUUCUUUACUGGUGGGAUUGUUCACUGUCAAAAACUUCAGGUUUUCAAUAAGGCAGCUGCUGUUGUCAAUUCCGGCUUGCUGCUCAUGGCUGUAAUGGGAAUACUGUUUCCUGCUGUGCUUCAUUUUACUCACUCAGAAGUUCAUCUUGGGAAGUCAGUCUUAUCCUUAUCCAGAUUUAGCAGCUGCAUAAUGCUACUGGCCUAUGCAAGCUACCCUUUCUUUCAACUUAGAAGUCAACAGAAUUUUUAUACUCCAGUUGACCAGGAAGUAGAUACAAGCGAAAACACUGACGAGGAGGAAGAAUUUGAGUUAACUAAGUGGGAAGCGAUAAUCUGGCUGGCUAUUUUGACAGUAUGGGUAUCAGUAUUGUCUGGACACUUUGUGGAUGCCAUAGAGGGAGCAUCUGAAUCAUUGAAUAUGUCAGUGGCCUUUAUUAGUGUCAUCUUGCUUCCAAUAGUAGGAAAUGCUGCAGAGCAUGCGAGUGCUAUCAUGUUUGCCGUAGAAGACAAGCUAGAUAUCACAAUUGGAGUUGCUGUUGGAUCAUCAACCCAGAUAUCCAUGUUUGUGAUCCCUUUCUGUGUGGUUGUUGGGUGGUGCAAGGGAAAAGACCGGACACGAAAGAGCAACUUGAAGAAGAUAAUAGAUUACAAUGUUCCACAACAAUAUAAUCACAAUUUUUGUCCAAAAAGGCAUCUGUAUGAUAUGUGACCUUUCCAGCAUAAUGAGAAACUAUAAAAUCUG